AGCCCUGCCUCGGGUGUCUUCGUCCUCCGGGCCCGACGAUGAGUACCAUGUUCGCCGACACCGUCCUCAUCGUCUUCAUCUCGGUGUGCACCGCGCUGCUGGCCGAGGGCAUAACAUGGGUGCUGGUGUAUCGAACAGACAAGUACAAGAGGCUGAAAGCAGAGGUGGAGAAGCAGAGCAAAAAACUGGAAAAAAAGAAGGAAACAAUAACUGAAUCAGCUGGCCGGCAGCAGAAAAAGAAAAUAGAGAGGCAAGAAGAAAAACUGAAGAACAACAACAGGGAUCUGUCAAUGGUUCGGAUGAAAUCUAUGUUCGCAAUUGGCUUUUGUUUCACCGCGCUGAUGGGCAUGUUCAAUUCCAUAUUUGACGGCCGCGUGGUUGCCAAGCUCCCCUUCGUACCCCUGUCAUACAUCCAGGGCUUGUCCCAUCGCAAUCUCCUGGGUGAGGAUUACACGGAUUGCUCCUUUAUCUUCCUCUACAUUCUAUGCACCAUGUCUAUUCGUCAGAAUAUCCAGAAGCUGCUGGGCUUGGCUCCGUCCCGAGCUGCCACCAAGCAGGCAGGAGGAUUCCUCGGCCCGCCCCCUCAAGCUGGGAAGUUCUCCUGAAGCCUGAGAAACAAUUCCUGUCAUGUCUCAUCAGCUG